GAUGUCAUUGGGUUUUUGAACGCAGCACGGCCAGUAGUCGGCUCUUUGGUUACACGAUGGCGGCCGCGACUCGCGGAGGAGGACAACUUCUAUGUUCCGACCAGGAAACUGCACCGAGGCGACGACAAUAAAUUGGAGACGCAAGCCGGAGCGAGGGAAGCGCAUGACAGCGCCGUUCAGCGGGCCCGCGCCGGGGAUUUUCCGUGUAUCCAAGCAGGGGGCGCUGAAGAAGAAACUCCCCCUCUGUUUUUUAUUUUUCCGCCGACUGUCACUUAGCCGGUUAGCUGUUGAAAGCUAAGGCAGCUCUCACUGAGUCGCUCGUAGCAGAACGACGGGGAUUAGCGCCUUGCCAGGGCGACUAAAAUGGCAUUUCGUUACCACGUGUUAAGCGAGCUGGUCGUGAAGGGUACGCAGAGAGCCUUCCGGGGCCCCAAGGAUAAGUUUGCGAGCACUCAUUAGCUUAGCCGCCUAGCCGCGUUAGCACUUGACUUGUUCACUACUACUGGCGAGCUCUCCAAUUAGCCUUACCCCCACCCUCUGUCAUUUGCACUGCUAAUCCCGACCAGCGAGUGUCUUAUUUCCCCCCCAAAUAUAUCAUUCAAACGGCGGUUACUUAACGGAAGGACGGAAGUGAUUUGACUUCUCUACCUGGUAAUUAUCUCAAUUGUCUAACUGCGUUCCUCGAAUACCUUUUUGCAUGGUGAAUGAAGUUCUAAUUGCAACGUUUUCGUCCCUUACUUACAUGCAAAUCUAAAAUCAAUUAUAAAAACGAGUGAAUGUGUGCAGUUGCAAGAAUAGGCGCCUGAGCGUUCUAUCGACUCAUCCUUGGACAGAUUAUCGAAAGUAAUCAAGAUUACAUUUGUAGUAGUGCAGGAAGCCUCCUUCUCUCCUUGCUUCAGUACUGGUCUAGUUUGAUGGACGUGGGGGGCUGUUUGCCAGACUGUCCCUUCUGUACUCAGUCAUGCAAGUCUUGACACAUGGCAUCUGUCGUUAUGCUUACGGGCAGGCAUCGUUUUUCUACCUGAGUCGUGCACAGCGGACAAUGUUUAUUAGUUAGUGCCUCAGCCCCCCCCUAACCACAGAGCCUGUACGCAAGCCCCCGAUACAGUUGAUUAUUCGUCUGGGAGAUUGGAACGCCAACUCCUGCCACUCUGGAUCAAGAAAAGCUGUCCCUCGUGUCCGGUUGGAGUAACACCCUCAAGCCAAAAUCAAUGCCUUCACCUCUUGCCGUGUUCGCCUGCCGACCCAACUCGCACCCAUUCCAGGAGAGGCAUGUGUACCUGGAUGAGCCCGUCAAAAUCGGCCGGUCGGUGGCUCGCUGCCGGCCGACGCAGAACAACGCCACCUUCGACUGCAAGGUGCUGUCGAGGAACCACGCCCUGGUCUGGUUUGACCACAAGACUGGCAAGUUCUACCUGCAGGACACUAAAAGCAGCAAUGGGACCUUCAUUAACAGCCAGCGGUUGAGUCGGGGCUCAGAGGAGAGUCCGCCCUGCGAGGUCCUCUCGGGAGACAUCAUCCAGUUUGGUGUGGAUGUCACGGAGAACACACGCAAAGUCACACAUGGCUGCAUUGUGUCAACAAUCAAACUCUUCCUGCCCGAAGGGAUGGAGGCACGCCGACGAAGCGAUGUCAUCCAGGCUCCGCUGCCGCUACCUGUAGACAAGGUUGCAGCCAACACUCCCAGUAUGUAUUCUCAGGAACUGUUUCAGCUCUCCCAGUAUCUACAGGAGGCCUUACACCGAGAGCAGAUGCUGGAGCAGAAGCUCGCCACGCUGCAGCGUGUGCUCACCACUACUCAGGAGGCCUCGGAGAGCAGCUGGCAGGCACUGAUUGAUGAAGACCGUCUGCUGUCCAGACUGGAGGUGAUGGGCACUCAGCUGCAGGCCUACUCUAAGUCCCAGACAGAGGACGGCAUUCGUAAGGAGCUGCUGGCCCUGCAAGAGGACAAACACAACUACGAGACCACGGCCAAGGAGUCUCUGCGGCAGGUCCUGCAGGAAAAGAUCGAGGUGGUCCGGAAGCUGUCAGAGGUGGAGCGCUCGCUCAGCAACACGGAGGACGAGUGCACGCACCUGAAGGAAAUGUCCCAGCGAGGCCAGGAAGAGCUGAGGGAGCUGGCCAGCAAGUACAACGCUGCCGUCAAUGAGAUCAAAGAGCUCACGGACAAAAUCAAGGCAGCGGAGGGCCGCCAAGAGGAGCUGACUCAGCGGGGGGCGUCGGAGAAAAGGGAGAUGGAGCUGCGCAUCGAGGAGAUGGAGGAGAAGGAACAGGUUCUUCAGGCACGCAUCGAGGCGCUGCAGGCCGACAACGACUUCACCAAUGAGAGGCUCGCUGCCCUGCAGGUGCGCUUAGAGCAGCUUCAGGAGAAAAGCGUUAAGGAAAACAACAGUCUGGAUGAAGAAGAAGCCUCCCCUGCAACGACGGCGCCCGCAGAGGACCGACCGGCCGAGGACCGACCGGCCGAGGACCGACCGGCCGAGGACGAGCUGAACCAGCCCGAAAGCCGCGAGGAAGAUGAGGAUGAGGAGGAGGACGAUGAAGACACAGACACGGACGACGGUGCAGUUGGAGAUGUGGAUGACAACUGUCACGUUAACAACAGCGGAGGAGACACCACUCGAAUCCAACAGUUGAUCGAGUGUCCGCCGGUGAAGCAGCUGAAAGAAGCCGUCAGUUCGUCCAUCCACAAACUGGCCAACUUUGAUGAUGCCCACCUACAGAACAACCAGAGCGACGGAGACGACAUGCUCGCCAGCCCGUGUCGACUCAGAAAUGCAUCACUUCAACAUCCUUCCUUGACACCAAAUGCUCCUUGUCUGCACGCGUGUGCGUCCACAGGAAGCCAGAUGGACGCCAAAGAGUCGGACAUGUCGGAUACGCUGAGUCCUAGCAAAGACCGCAGCAGUGACGAUACGUCAGAUGGCAAUAUGGACGACCAGGAGCUCAACGAACCGCUGAACAGAGUAGCUCUGCUCAAAGCAGAGUUGCAUCGGGCCGGCUUGGAGCCCAGCGACACGGAACAGGUCAUCCACCACCUCCACAGGGAGCUUCUGGAGGCCCAGGAGUUAGCCAACACUGGGAAACAGAAAUGUCUGGAGCUUCAAGCUCUGCUGGAGGAGGAGAGGAAGACUAACUCUCAACAGACGGAGGAGUCGACCAAACAGAUCCAGUACCUGCUGACUCAGCUCGAGAAGCUGCAGGCCGGCAUGGAGGACCUCAACUCCGCCCAGGAGGAGAUCCUCGUCCUGCGGCAUGCCAUGGAGGCGGCCACGGCGGAGCGGGAGCGCGACAGCGCCGCCCAGCAGGAGGACCUGGGCAGCGUGCGCCGCGAGCUGGAGCGCUGGAGAAGCACGGCCGCCAAGUACGAAGAGGAGAUCGGACGGCUGCAGGAGGACUUUGCGCGGCAGCAGCAGCAAGGCGACAACGCAAGUCAGCUGCAGGGGGAAUGCGCCACACUGCAACAGAGGUGCGCGUCUUUGCAGCUGGACUGUGACGGCCUGAAGGAGGAGAAGGCAACGCUCACGGACAAACUGCACUGCCUGGAGGCCGAACUGUGCAGCACCAGGGCUCAGAGUGUGGUCCUCGGUGGCGUUCUGGAGUCUCUGGAGAAGCGAGAAGAGGUUCUGAAUGGCAAGCUGGGUUCUCUAAAGAACCAGCACCAGCAGGACGAAUGUCUGCUGAAGAGCCAGCUGGACCAGGCCCAGGACCGCACGCACACGCUGCAGAAAGAAUAUGAAGACACGCAGUUGCUGCUGUCGGACCUCCGCCAGCGCUACGAGAAAACGGAGCAGGAGAAGACUAACAUCCACCAGGAGCUGGAGCAGUGCAGGAGCAACCUGAAGCUGCUGCAGGACAAGAACAGCUCUCCAUCUAUACUGCAGCCUGCCCAAGCCAUUUUCAUGGGUCUUGUCCUGGCUCUGCUCUACUGGUGUUUCGGCCAGUUGUGGUAGAAAGGGCGGCUGGAGCCCCUGGAUGCCGGCCAUCGCAGUGAUAGUCGCCGUGACGGCAGCCAUCAUCUACCCCAACCUCUCCAAGAGCAGCUCGGCCUGAAGCACUCGGUCUCACGCACGCACAUCCCGUUUAUUGGGGCUUUCUUGUGUGGGCCAGACAAUGUCUCAGUCACAACCCUACAAAAAGCAUACACACACACACAGGUAUGUGCGUUGUUUGCGAGGAGUGCGCCACUGCGUCACUUGUAUAAAGUCAAAUUGUACAUAAUUGUAGAGGGAAUAUAAAAGGUUGUGGUUUCUCACAGAUUUAUUUUGUUGAGCGGCGGGAAGUUUAGUUUAUUUUGGGGGUUUUCUCAUUUUUUAAUAAUGGUGAUUAUUUUUCCGUUGUUUGUUUUUGUCAAAUUGCCAUGGAGCCAACCGAACUUCCGCAUAAAGAAAGGCCAACCGAAGUUCCACACCGCAGUCGUUUUUUCCCGUUCUGUCUGACUAGCAUAAAUCACUAAAUAACCAUUUGUUGUUCUUGUUUUGUUUUGUUUUGCUUUUAUCUUAAACCUCCAAAUAUUGCAGGAUUUUGGUGGCUGACAAAAAUGCAAACAAGUUUUCAAAAAACAACAAAACGACUUUGUUUCAGAAGAAAAACAAAAAGAAAAACUCAUUGAUUGGCAACAUGGUAACUCGUCGCUUAUUUGUCAGAUUUGAACAUUUUAAAAGAACUCGAUUGUAUUUUUAUCUUAAGAAGAGAAAUUUGAGUUCUUUAGUGGAAGCUCGGCUCGGCUCGGCUCCAAGUUGGCCGUGUUUAAUGACAUCUGAAAUGGCCACCAGUUUUUUCCCCCCAUUAUUGAUUUUUCUUUCCGAGGGAGUGGGAGAGAGGUUUUGAAACUUGAAACCAAAUUAUCAAAUAUGGUAACAAAUGUUUUUUUUUAUGUUAACUUUGAGGGCACACAAAAAGGGGGUCAAAGUGCCUCUAAUGUAACUUAACACAGAAAUGUGUGCACACAACCUCUCGCACGCUCACACAGAUUCCCAGUGCGGCAAUGUUCGUGUUGUGCUGUUUGUGAGCAUUUUCACACUUGAAUCAAUAGCAAGUUAAAAAAAAACAAAAAAACUUUCUGUGAACCGCUGUCAACUCUAUCACCUUUAUCAACUUGAUCCAUUUCACAUUGACUUCACGUUGUCAAUUCAGCUUUUUUUUUUGUCAACAUUCUAAAACUUUUGUCAGAUAUUCCAAAUGCCAAGUUUGUCAACUUCCCGCCAACUUUAGAUUUGUCUUUUUUGUCAACUUGUCGUGUUUUGACAACUUGAUGUUCACUCGGUCAACUUUUGUAACCGUGACAUCAAAAUUUCCCAUGUUGCUUGCCAAGUUAACAUGAAGUUUGUCAACUUCAUGCCAACGCCCUGUCAGCUUCCUUUCAAGUUUGUCAACUAUUUGUCGACUUCCGGCCAACUUCGUGUUGACGUUCCAAACUUGGUCAUAUUUUGUCAGUUUACAAGUUUGUCAAUCAAAAACGUCCUUUCCACCUUGUCAAAUUUAUACCAAUUUUUGCAUCAACUUCAUAUCAACUUGCUUCCAAAGUCCAAGCGCCAGAUUUCAUGUCAACAAAAGGACCUUUACCUGUAGCACCUUUUUUUUUUUGCACGCAUUUGUGUGCGCGUGCGGGAAGUUGUGUAGCGCUGUGUAUCACUGUUUGUGUAGUGUCUCGUCACAUCCAUGUUUGAAAAGAAGAAAAUAAAGGAAUUAUCGUGAGAAACACUACAGUACACGGAUAGAGCAAGAGAAAAAUUGUAAAAUGAAAAUGCUAUUGAAUGAUGUGCUACUAGAACUAUUUUGUUAAAGAUCUGUUGUUAGCCACGACAAUGGGGGAGUAUGAGUAUAUAUAUAGAUAUAUAUCUAUAUACAUACAUACAUGCAUACACACAGAGAAAAUGUUUGAAAUAAAGUUGUAGCCAGCUGACCCACCACAA